UCCGAUGGCAUCGGAGUUGAGUCCAAAGCACGCGUCGCCCAGAAGUGAAUCCUAUAAAAACAAAGACAAAAAUCCAAGGGAAUUGAGGCGACGGCGCAGCGAAACGAUUGUGGAGUUACGCAAACAGAGGAGAGACGACAAUACGGACAGAAGGCGUAACAUAUCGUUGUAUGACAACUGGUCUGAUGGCGAGGACAUCGAAGAAGAACUUGAGAAUGACGUGAAUAUCAAUGAGGUUUUGAUGGGUUUGAAAGCGGGAAACGUGUGGGACAUGCCAUCGAAA